GUAUAAUCUAACCUAGGAAUGGACUUCGGGCAGUGGGUGCAGUCGGUGCAACGUUGCCGGAUCUAAUUUGACCUCUGGCCAUAGACAUUGGAAUUAUAAAGUAUUUAUAAAUAAUUAUACUAUACAAUGCUUAGUAUUUAAGUCACGAGCAGCGUAUGUUGGAACAAUAAUUUAAUCUGUAACAAUACACCAUAACCGUUUUUCAAAUGGCUCUUUUAACCCUUUGUUUUUAGUGGUUUCACUGUGAAACCAGCUACAUAUAAAUUUCUUGCUACCUUCCUAGCGCCAUAUGAUUGAAACCACUUACAGUAUAUGACGUAUAAGGCUCCCCCACCUUGAAAUUUAUUGCGCUCCGCCAUUUGCAUUCGCGUUCCUCAUGUUUGUAUUAGUCGGUCAUAGAACGUGUUUUGAACUGGGUUAGUGGUGUAGGCAAUUUUGGUGGUUUUUAGAUCAUUUCGCUAUGGCAGGAAAAGAAGUGUAUACAUUCAGAGAGCUGGAGAAUAUGUCGUCGAAUGAUUUAUACGCAUUAUUAGAGAGCAUUCCUUCGGAUGGCGAGUCAGAUGAACCGAGUAGUGAUGAAGAUGAUUUGCUUGACAUUCCGACUAUGCCAAUAAUAUUUGAAGACGACCAACCUGCAAGAGUCGACAAUUCUGAGAAUAUAUUCUUGGUGAUGAAGCCUUCUCAGACGAGGAAGACAAUAUUCCUCUUUCUAUUUUGAGGGAUAGAGAACUAGCGAAAAGGACAACAAGGACCAAAUUAACGGCAUUUUGCGUUACUAAUAUCAAGCAGUUCACUGAGGAAACUGGACCUAAAAUUUCAGACGAUCUGGAGAAGCCAGUAGAUUUUUUUAAUACUUGUUUUCCUAAACUCUAAUUGAUAAAAUUGUUUUUGAAACAAACCUCUACGCUCUUCAGACACGUGGAGGAGACUCUUCAUUUACCCCAACUUCUGCGAAAGAGAUUGAAAUUUUCAUUGCAAUCAAUAUAUUGAUGGGAAUCAAAAGGUUGCCCAGUUAUGUCAUCUAGAGAGGAAUUACGAGAUCACUAUAUAAGUUCAGCAAUGUCUAGAGAUCGGUUUGCUUGGCAUCUCGGAAAUGUGCAUUUAGCAGAUAACUCAGUGAUGCCUGGUCGCGACUCGCCAAAUUAUGUCAAGUUGUAUAAAGUUCGCCCUUUAUUGGAGACUAUCUGAAACCUUUCGUUCUUCAUAUGGCCCUUUAAAACAUCAAUCCAUCGACGAAUCUAUGAUUCGAUUCAAGGGUCGCAGUUUUCUAAAGCAGUUAAUGCCCCUCAAGCCCAUCAAGCGAGGUUAUAAAGUCUGAGUUCGAUCCGAUGAGAAUGGAUAUGUCUGCCAAUUUCAAAUAUAUAUUGGAAAAACUAAUAAAAAUAUAAAUAAAAAUAAAAAUAGUGCAUUUUCUCGGAAAUCAUCAAACCCCUUCAGAAGAAGCAACUGUUUCCCGCAAGCAAAAGGACGGAAAUUCACAAGUCGUAGCCUGCCCAACGAUGGUCAAGGAAUAUAACCAGCAUAUGGGCUACGUUGACAAAACCGAUAUGCUCAAAUCUGUGUGUAUGAGAUAGACCGCAAAUCUAGGAAACGGUGGCAUUGAAUUUUGUGGCAUUUCAUAGAUAUAAGUGUUGUGAAUUAUUUCAUUCUCUUCAAACAAAAAGCGAAUUGCCGGCUCCAAACCUGAAAUUUUUCAAGUUAUCUGUAGCUUCAGGGUUAAUCGGCGCCAGAGGUGAUAAAACUUCACGGAGUAAGGUUACAGCAAAACAUUUCAAGAAAAUUGUGCCUUAUGAAAAACGCUUUGACCAAUGUUUGCAUAUGCCACAACACGGGACAUCCAGACGAUGUGCCUUUUGUAGCCCUAGUAAGAAUCCUCACAGAAUCAGGUGGGAAUGUGUGACUUGUAAGGUUGGAUUGUGCGUUACGGAAAAAAACUGUUUUUCGUUGUAUCAUAAAAAGUAACCUAAGUUUUAUAAUGUUAUUUAGUUAUCAGGUUUUUAUUGGCUUGCACUAGUUUCCUAGUGGUAUCAUGCCGAAACCCUCAGUCUAAUAAAAAAAUAUAUAUAAAAAAAUAAAUGUUUUUCAGUUUUUUUGUCUUUUAGGAACCCAAUAGAGUGAGAUUAUUUAAUUUUUACCUCGAUUUUUUGAUGUAAAAGUUUUCAGGAAACAACGGGUUAAACACCUACCAACAGGUAGGAAAGAGUGUGAGUAUACUGAUCAAGAGAAAAGCCACAAAGGCCAUGGGAAAGUUAAAUGCUUCUGGACUUCAAUAUGUGAAUUGUGAAUUUAUUUAACACAGUUUGGACACACAUUAUCCAAUUAGAAAAUCGAGAAGUAAAGUCAAAUCUCUGCAUAUAUGACAUGUCCAGACUAUAAAUGAUAUGAUUAUAAAGAGAUUACAUCAUAUAAGUUUGGUCCUUUGGCGAAUCCAUAGAAUUCAACGAAUUUUUGCUUUUUUUAUUCUCAAACUGUUUUAAUAAAGCCUCAGAACUAAUUGAUCGGCUGGUGAACAAUUUGCAGGAAUGGCAAGUUGUAUGCAGACUCUUCUUUUGAGUAAUUGAAAACCUUCUUUGGGAAAGCUCUACAACUCGUUAACAUAAUAUCAUUUAUAUCUGAAACUUAUUCUAUAGUUUUCAUGCUAAUAACAUAUUUUUACUUCCUACGCCACUAGGCGAGGAAGUAUUGUAAUCACAGAAUAAAUCGAAAAUGAGAUAUGAUUUUUAUAUGUUAUAUGACACCUACUCACGAAAAAGUAUUUGACUAAUAUCCGUCGGUCUGCCUGUCUGUCUGAUAAUCCUUACCCCGUCUAUAACUUAGGAAGUUCCGCGUGGAUGAUAUUGUCGGUCUAGCUACGGACAAAAACAUGAAUGAAGCGAAAAAUGCUCAAACAUCGUUUUUUGACGUUUUAGAGGCUCCUAAUCAUUUUCAGGAAAAAAUAUUUGUUGAAAUUCGGGGCUUGGGCAGGGUAAAUGAUGUUAGUAUACUUAUACGCUCCCUAC